AUGGCAUUCAAUGGAAAAGCGGUCGACUCCAAGACCGUGUUUUUCAACUUGCUGCUGUGCAUGAUCAUCUUCUACAGUCUUUUCUAUAUGAUUGGGAGCGUUUGCUUUGGUGCGUUCAGGUUAAAUACAUUUGAUGGACUCAUCCCAUUUGACUUCAAGACUGAUCCAGCCGAAUCAAACUCCAAAUAUUUAGUCAACCUUGUGUCUUUGGAGCUCACAUAUUUCUGCAGUGGCCUUUUAUUUGCAGCUGUGGUGAGGAGGCGGGUUUGGGACUAUGCCCUUACAGUGACUCUUCUGCAUGUUCUCAUCACCAGCCUUGUGAUGAUGGAGUUUCCCUUGUUGUGGCAGUGGUGGCUUGCUUUAGGUUGUGGGUUAUUCUUGAUGAUCUGCAAUGGUCAGCUGAUUGCCUACUUCGCCUGUCAAAAUGACCAGACCUAUGCCUCAUUUAGUAUUUAUUAA